GCCGCGUCUCGGGGAACCGGGAGGCAGCGGUUACCGGGGACCGCCGGGGCCACCGCGGCCGCUGCGGGGGACGGCAGCGUUGAACCCCCACGGGCAGAGGAGCCAAGCUGGGCUGCGGGACCGCGGCUCGUUUACAACGGCAUUUCUGUCGCAAUUGGGGAUUUUAGCGGCUGGUUUCAUCGCUCGCUUUCGGCUGGCCAGGCAACAGGAACUUCAUUCAGGUCAUGGUUUUACACACCCGUUCAAUAACGCUACCGAGAAUCUGGCUCAGUAUAUUCUGCAGGCCACAGCCGAGUGUCUGUGCUUGUUUCACUGGAUGGAUCUGAGAUCAAGGAAGAAUGUCACAAAAACGCCUGAAGGAAGCCUUUAUCAGCAACUUAAAUGGAACCAGCCUGCUGGAAAUCUCGGUAGGCUUGUCCCUGCCUCCCCUCUGCCUGCUUUGCAGGGGGCUCCUCCUGAUUCUGUAUUACCUGCACUAUGGGAAGCCUUUAAGUUCAAGGAAAUACAGCCUGCUGCUAGACUUCCUUGUGCUAGUGUCUCCUCUCCUGUUCUCCUGUACAGUCUUGUCUCCAGUCCUGUUUUUCCUGCCAGCUAUCCUCGCAGCCUCCUGUGCUGGGAUAUUCUCCAAAAUAUAUAGCCAAAGAAAACAUGAGACCAAAGUGCCUUUUAGGCAAAUCGUAAGAGACUUCCAGAAGACAUACUUGGAUCCAGAAUACAUCCCAGCAAUAACCGUGUUUCGUGUUUAUGUCAACGUGUUGACAUCAAUCAGCAUUUUAGCAGUGGAUUUCCCGCAGUACCCGAGGCGAUACGCCAAAGCUGAGACCUAUGGAACAGGAGUCAUGGAUCUGGGGGUUGGAGCUUUUAUUUUUGGAAACGCUCUCGUCUGUCCUGAGGUGAGACAGAAGUCUGAUGUGGCACAACCAAAAUUUUCCAAUCUGGCCAGGCAGCUCUUUUCUGUCUGGCCGUUGAUUCUCCUUGGUGUGGGACGACUGCUUAGCGUUAAAUCUGUAGACUAUCACGAGCACACUUCAGAGUAUGGAGUGCACUGGAAUUUUUUCUUCACCUUAGCAUUUGUGAGGCUUGCAGCAUCUCUACUUUUAGCCAUCUUUCCAAAAAACAAAUCAUGGAUUGUUGCUAUAAACCUCGCUGUUCUUUAUGAGCUGACUCUGAACUCUACCUCUCUGAAGACGUUUAUCCUGCACGGGAGCGAUGGCAGAGGCACUCGGGUUGGCUUUCUGAACGCCAACAGGGAAGGACUGCUCUCUCUUUUUGGAUAUCUGGCCAUAUACAUGGCGAGUGUCCAAGUGGGACUGUGGCUGCUGAGGUGCCAGAGCUCAGUCAGGGGCUGGAUGGCUGCGGGGCGUUCCUCACUGCAGACCCUGCUCCUGCUCUUCGCGUUUCUCCGGCUGUCGCAGGCGUACGCGGGGCCCGUGUCCCGCCGCAUGGCCAACCUCUCCUUCUGCCUCUGGGUGCUGGCUCACUCUCUGACUUUCUUCAUCUGUUUUGUGGCCACCGAUCUGAUGCUGGUGUUCACAAAGCUGCUUGUGAAGGGGUCCAGUGUGCCCUGCUGCUGGGACGUUGUAGAGGCCCCUGCUGCCAGUGGGAAGCAGGAGAGGGAGCCGGUGCCUGCAGGGAAGGCAGGCAGCCCGGCACACAUUUGCCUGAUUAGUGCUAUUAAUAAAAACCAGUUACUGUUUUUCUUGCUAGCAAAUGUUAUGACUGGUGCUGUGAACAUACUGAUAGAUACAAUCCACAGCGAGGCUGCAUUUACAUUAGGCAUACUACACUUGUAUAUGUUUUUUAACUGUUUAAUUAUGUAUAUAUUGCAUGCAAAAAAUAUAGUAGUAAAGUUCUGGUGAUUCCACUCUGUCUUAAGUGGACUAGCUGAACUUCCCUGUACUUGAAUGAUGGUAUUUUAAUGGAAAAAUUAGUAUUUUUCCUGUACAUACUUCAGUAAUUUUUAAUAUAGUAUAGCUUUUUAUGAUUUAGUAUUAUUUUUAAUGCUUUGUUUUACCAAAUUAUACAGUCAAUGCUGUUAUCUAUUGGAGUUGUUACACAUUUUCCUGAAAACUUAGUUUUUUGAGAUUGUUUGCUGCUUACUUCUGCUGCUCCUGGGAACACUCAUGCAGAAAAGCAACGUUCUAUUUACAGUUAGUGACCUGUGUUCAUACCCAACUGCUGGCAGAAUUAGCUAACAAUGCACAGAGCAGAAGCCAGAUGAAAAGUAAGCAUAAAUAAUAGGUAAGAAUAAUUCUUAAAUUAAAUGUAUUGAGUAAGUGGGUACUUAAAAAUGUUUUGGCCCCAGUCCUGCAGAUUUAUAUAUAUGCUUGACUUUGAUGAGAAUAAUUGUAUGUGGAAUGUUAAUCAUAGACUGAAAUCUAAAUUAGCCUUUGAAUUAAAGCUACAUUUUAUUUUCAUCCUCAGUGAUGAAUGCAAAUGAAGACCCUAGGUAAAGGGUGAUGCUCUGAAGGAUAAAACUCAACUGCAGAUGAAUUCAUAAAGCAGUUGUUGGAAUUUGUGGUGGAGAUAAAAAGAGCAGCACAGCCUUUUAUAAGGAAAUACAAAGAUCCAAAACUAAUUCACCCCCAGCCUGAAUACCAACAUGUUGUGACAACUCAUCUUUAAGGAUGCUGUAAAACAUGGCCUUCAGAUCUACUUUAAAAGGACUCAGGGCCCACAUGCUUGUCUAUAAAAUUAUUUUGAACAGCAGCUCAUUUAAUACUGUAUUUUGACAGCCGAGAUGUCUUCAAGUGGGAACAUUCUGUAUUAAUUUUAUUAGCAAACCGUGUGCAAAUGGGAAGCAGCAUGAGGCAGUGGGUCAGGGUACUGGCAAGAGGUGUGCCCAGUCUUCCUGCAAGCCCAGAGCAGAAUACCUUUUUUAUUCACUUUCCUAACUGUGACAGUUCUUCCUGAGCUCGUUCAGUUGUUGAGAAGAGAAAUACAUUUUAAAAUUGUGAGGAAUUAAAUAAUGGGAGAUAUAAAUACUUAAGGAAUAGAAUACAAAUGGAAGCUGAUGAUAAAUGUCUCAUGUCAGUGGAGUUACAGCAGUGCACACGGGCCAUAUUUCAAAUUUAUCCUUGUCUAUCAAAUGCGAUGAAUCAUAAAACCUAUGGAGAUUAAGCCUCUAAAUCAAAUUCCUUAAGACAGACAUGCUGGGGAAUAUUCUUAAAUUUAUGAUGUGCUCUUAGCUGUUGGUCAAUGGAAGAGUGAAGUCUGAGGAUUAUAUGCUGUGGCCAUGCUGAUUUCAUGCUUGUUUACUUCCACAUAGUCUUCAGAAUUAAAGAAAGAAAGGUCUGUGUUAUCCUGCAACUAACUGACAAUGUCUUAUGAACAGCUGUCACAGUUUAUAGCAGAGUUUUCUGGUAACUGCUGUAUGUUUUAAUCUUAAAACAUUUCCUAGCCUGGCCUAGGGAAGGAAGGCUUCCAUCAUGGACUAAACGGCACUACUCAUUUAUGCAAAAUUACCCAUGGAUAUUAAUAUUUGAAACAUUUAAAGCACAAGCCCUGCAAUGAGCUCUGCCUGUGAGCACAGGCCUGCCAAGGCGAUUCAGAAUGAGGGCAUUCAGUGGGUGUGACAAAGCGGAGUUGUGUCUGGACAAGCAGCCAAGUAUCUAGAGGCCAACUCCAUUUUGUGAAGCAAGAAUUCCGUGGGAGGUUUGCUGUGUCUGUGCAGAGCCCUGUUUGCUCCGAAUUCCAGGACUGGAGCACCAGUUUGCAACAACAGAGCCAGAAAACCGAGUGGAUUGUGGUGCUCAAGGAACGAACAGCAACAGGGAGGACAAGCCCUUUCUCUCCAGAGAGGGAAGACAACCCCCUUCUCUCCACAACGGCCCAACACCAUGUCCUGGGGCCAUCUCCUGCUUUUAAAGUCAUCUGAAGUAAGUUGCUCACCACUGAAUUAAUCAGAGGCAAUUAAUUCUCAUUGCUUAUUGUCAAUAACAAAUGUGGCAAGCUCUGCCCUGCAGCAACCAGCACAGUUAUUAAUGCUGAAUGUUUAGACUAGGAGUAGAUACAGAUAAUCAAGGAGGCCUCUGGAAGAACCAAGAAAUGCAAGCAAGCAUUCUGGAACCAGACAGUCUGUAGGAGUAAACAGCACUGAAAUGAGUUUGAAGAGAUGAGAGAGGAGUUAACAUCACACACUGCUGUGGACACUUGGUGGUUGGUAGGAAUAAGAACACUUGUUUCAUUUCACUCUGGGGUAUGUUUAGAUGAGAGAGAUUGUACAGAUCAGAGAUCUAUUAAAAUUAAAAAAGCAGAAAUUUUUAUUUAGCUGUUACAUAAUUAGUAAGAGUUAAAUAUACUUCAACUAGUAAGACUAAAAUAGUUCAACUAUAGCAUGCUACCAGCUUCAAUAAGAAGAGUAAAGCAGAGGACUGGGAAAAGAGAUUCUUUUGUCUUUGCUGCCAUAAUUCCACCAAAUGACCUUUCUGUAGGGCUGCAGGAUAUUAAAAGCUGGUGGCAGAGGAGAGCUGAUUACAUGUAUCCUUCACCUUGUUAUUUGUUAAAUGUUAGUACCUUCUUACCAAAGGAUUAACUCAUGAGUACACCUUCCCUUCCAACCCAGUAGCAUCUCCUUUGAAGUUAAAUGUUACAGUAAUGAUUUCAGGCAGUAUCCUAUUUCAAAGCCACUGUGUCCUAAGGAACAGGUAUUUCUUCCAGGCGAAGGAGCAGCAUGUGAAUGAACAGCACAAAGGGCCUGUCUUUUCACUGCUUGGUACAUAACAAGCAAGCUGCAUGUUGCAGGAACUUAAAACCCAACCAAAACAAACUGUUUCUGUGGAUAAAAUUUAUAUGAAAUGUAAUGGUGCUUUUCAUACAUAGUUUAUGAUGUGAUCCAGCCACGCUCUGGGAGUGGAGGGGCAGAAGUGACACAAAGAGCCCAGGUGCUGAAUGGACCCUGUGAAGACAAUGUAUGCUCAGCACAGCCUCCGUGUGAGGAACUAUCCCUUGGUACAAAACCACAGCUGUCUUUUUUUGCUGAAGAAAACCACAAACACACACACAAACGACAGACUGUGCAGCAAUGUGGCUCUGCACAAUGUUUCUGUUAGAGACGUUGCACAAUGAGUUCACGUAAAUUAACUCCUCCACUAAAGGUGUUUGUUAUGCAGAAACAAGAAAAAAGAAAGAUCCUGCUCCCUUA